AUGUCCCAGUGGAACAUGAAUGCAACCUUCAUGGUAUCCCUGUCCCGGCGGAAUCACACCAACACACCAUCACACCACCACUCGCGGACUAUCGUUCGAUGGGAGGCCAAUAACCGUGAAAGUUUGACCCUUGAGCUGGGUUCCCUGUGCCGAGCGAUGCACCUCCGCGGAGGGUCGGGAGAAGUCACUGGUGGGGUUGCUGCGAACCAGGGGGAGCCUCGCGUCGUGUGGUCGCACUCUGGCGUGAUGGAAAGUGACAAUUCCACGCAUAAUCCAGUCCGGCCGCGUCAUCAUCGGGGCUGCGCCGCACUGGAACGGGAGGAAUUGGGGCCCUCAGCCCAAGGGGGUUCAGCCGGUAGCGUCUGA